AUGCAGGCGCAGCGUGUUGCCCUCUGGCUCCUGGGCACAACGUUCUUCCUGUGCUCGGUGCACGCCCGCAGCCUCAGGAGAUGCCUGAUUUCCAUGGACAUGCACCACAUAGAAGAGAGUUUCCAAGAAAUCAAAAGAGCCAUCCAAGCCAAGGACACCUUCCAGAAUGUCACCAUCCUGUCCCCAUCGGAGACCCUGCACAGCAUCAAGCCCUCAGAUGUAUGCUGCAUGACCAAGAACCUCCUGGCAUUUUACGUGAACAGGGUGUUCAAGGACCAUCAGGAGCUGAACCCCCAGAUCAUGAGAAAAAUCAGCAGCAUUGCCAACUCUUUCCUCUACACGCAGAAGGUUCUGCAGCAAUGUCAGGAGCAGAGGCUGUGUCACUGCAGCCAGGAAGCCACCAAUGCCACUCAAAUCAUCCACGACAACUACAAUCAGCUGGAGGUCAGGCCUGCUGCCGUCAAGUCUCUGGGAGAGCUGGACAUCUUUCUGGCCUGGAUUGAUAAGAAUCAUGAAGGAACUGCCGCUGCCUAA